UGUUGCUGGUCGCUGUUUGUUGGGUGUAUUUAAGCCGUUUGGUAAAGAGAUUAGCAUUCCUUAUAUGAAAGAAGAAAUGCCCCUUUUCCUGAAGUUGUGUUUUAUUUCCGUAGCUGUGUUUCCAUUUAUUUGUGCUGCUAUUCUCUAUUUCUGUUUGGAGGUGUGAGGGAACGGAGGCAGAGGAUUCCCGCCUGUCAGGGUAGCAUGGACCGACCUUAGCUGGCUGCUGUGCAGCUCAGCCCCCUGUGCCCCAGCACUGCUCCCUCCUGCAGGGUCUCCUGCUCGGGAAAACUUUCACUUCAGGACUCUGAAAACUCACAAUCACAAGUUGUCAUCCAUCUAGCCCUUUGCCUGUGGAAGGUUCCUGAGGCAGUUGGAAGACGGCGGUAGCUGAGGUGGCCUAACGCUGGAAUGUAGGCAGGGACUGGAGCCCUUGGGAGCUGUGCUUAGACAGGAAGGGAGAGAGGAGUGUGGGUGCACAGCCCUCGCAAAACUAGGCCAGAAAUGCUUAAAUGAGGAGAGGGAAGAGUCCAAGGGAAGAAAGUGACAAUGUUCAAUGUCAGCCAGUGAGAGCAGGAUAUGAGCCUUCCUGUGUGCCCUGGGCUCCCCCAGGGGCUGUGACAGAGCCCUGAGGGGGUGUUCUGCAAGGAGAAUUGGCUGUGGAGGAUUGUGCUUGAAACUUGUCCAAUGAGUCUGAGACGCCCAAGCACCAUUCAUUUUGGAGGAAAAAGAUGGAGUAUUGCAUGCUGGGAACAAGUGCUUUCCAUAAGGUCCAGCAGCAGCUCAUGAUGCCCCGUAAAGCUUUUCUUUCCCAGAAAGAAAAGCAGGCUCGUGCCAGGGAAAGGGAUAUGUUAAAAAAGAGGAGGAGGCGACAAGACUAUCUCAAAAGAAGCGUGGAGCCACAGAAAAAUACAGAAACAAUCAAAUGGCACAGGGAUGAUGAGAAGAGGAGAGAAAAUGAGCAAGUUAAGGACAAAGAUAUCAAGAAGCGGUGGAGACAGGAUGAGAGAGAACGACGGAGGAAUGUGGACGCUAUGAAUUGGCACAGGGAAGAGGAGAAGAGGGAAAAUGAGCGAGAAACUAUGUUCCAACUUCCUGUCAACAACCUUGGCAGUUUAAGAAAGGCCCGGAAAACUGUGAAAAAAAUACUUAGUGACAUUGGUUUGGAAUACUGUAAAGAACAUAUAGAAGAUUUUAAGCAGUUUGAACCUAAUGACUUUUAUUUGAAAAACACUACAUGGGAGGAUGUGGGACUGUGGGACCCAUCGCUUACAAAAAACCAGGACUAUCGGACAAAGCCCUUCUGCUGCAGUGCAUGUCCCUUCUCCUCGAAGUUCUUUUCAGCCUACAAAAGCCACUUCCGGAAUGUUCACAGCGAAGACUUUGAGAACAGGAUCCUGCUCAACUGCCCCUACUGUACCUUCAACGCGGACAAAAAGACUUUGGAAACGCACAUUAAAAUAUUCCAUGCUCCCAAUGCCAAUACACCGAGUGGAGGCAUCAGCACUUUCAAAGAUAAAAACAAACACGAGAGCCUUAAACCCAAGCAGGCUGACAGUGUGGAACAAGCUGUUUAUUACUGUAAGAAGUGCACUUACCGUGACCCGCUCUACGAAAUCGUUCGAAAGCACAUUUACAGGGAACAUUUUCAGCACGUUGCUGCUCCUUACGUAGCCAAGGGAGGCGAAAAGUCCCUCAAUGGUGCAGUUCCAUUGAGCUCCAGUGCCCGAGAGGAGGGGGGUAUCCACUGCAAACGAUGCCUUUUCAUGCCGAAAUCCUACGAAGCUUUAGUGCAGCACGUGAUCGAAGACCACGAGCGGAUCGGAUACCAGGUCACGGCCAUGAUCGGUCACACCAACGUCGUGGUGCCCAGGUCGAAACCUUUGAUGCUCAUCGCUCCCAAGCCCCAGGAUAAAAAGCCCAUGGGACUCCCUCAGAGGAUGGGGGCCCUCUCCGCCGGCAGCGUCCGCUCGCUCUCGUCCCAGCAGAUGAUGAACAGACUCACGAUACCAAAGCCCACGUUAAACUCUGCAGGAGUCAAUAUGAUGUCAAACGUUCACCUACAGCAGAACAAUUACGGGGUUAAAUCGGUGCCCCCCAGUUACGUUGGUCAGCCAGGGGGGAGGCUCAGCCUCAGUGGCAAUGCGCCUGUUUCUCUUUCCCAACAAUCACAGAGCAUGAAACAGUUUUCAGCGAGUGGCAAUGGCAGGCCUUACACUCUGGGAGGGGAGCAGAGGUCCCAGGCCUCAGCCAGGUACUCGCUGCAGUCUGCCAACUCCUCGCUGUCGGCGGCACAGCUCAAGCAGACGUCGCUGUCGCAGUCCCAGGCAGCAUCCAGAGCUCUGGGUCAGUCUGGCUCCAAAUCCCCCGUGGCUGCUACAGGGCCUUCUGCUGUCAACACCUCGUCCACUCAGAAGUGGAAAAUCUGUACAAUCUGCAAUGAGCUGUUCCCCGAAAACGUGUACAGCGUUCACUUUGAGAAGGAGCACAAGGCCGAGAAGGUGCCUGCGGUGGCCAACUACAUCAUGAAAAUCCACAACUUCACGAGCAAAUGUCUCUACUGUAACCGCUACCUGCCCACGGACACGCUGCUCAAUCACAUGCUGAUCCACGGGCUCUCCUGCCCCUACUGCCGCUCCACCUUCAACGACGUGGAGAAGAUGGCUGCCCACAUGCGCAUGGUGCACGUGGACGAGGAGAUGGGACCUAAAACCGACUCCACGCUGACCUUUGAUUUGACAUUGCAGCAGGGCAGCCACACCAACAUCCACCUCCUCGUCACCACCUACAACCUGCGGGAUGCUCCUGCCGAGUCCGUCGCUUACCACGCUCAGAACACGCCCCCGGUCCCGCCCAAACCGCAGCCCAAAAUCCAGGAGAAAUCCGAUGUACCCGUCAAAAGCUCUCCACAAGCAGCAGUGCCCUACAAAAAAGAUGUGGGGAAAACUCUGUGUCCUCUGUGCUUUUCGAUCCUGAAAGGGCCCAUCUCUGACGCGCUGGCGCAUCACCUCCGGGAGAGGCACCAGGUGAUUCAGACGGUUCACCCCGUGGAGAAGAAGCUGACCUACAAGUGCAUCCACUGCCUGGGCGUGUACACCAGCAACAUGACGGCCUCCACCAUAACGCUGCACCUGGUGCACUGCAGGGGCGUGGGCAAGACCCAGAACGGGCAGGACAAAGGGACGUCGUCCCGGCUGGGCCAGUCCCCGGCGGCCGCGCCCGUCAAACGCGCCUACGAGCACAUGGACUUCCCCCUGAUGAAGAAGAGGAAGAUGGACGAUGAUGACUCCCCCUCUGCCUUUGAGGAGAAGCCUGAAGAACCUGUAGUUCUAGCACUGGACCCCAAGGGUCACGAAGACGAUUCGUACGAAGCCAGGAAAACAUUUCUUACAAAAUAUUUCAAUAAGCAGCCCUACCCCACUCGGAGAGAGAUCGAAAAGCUGGCGGCCAGUUUGUGGCUCUGGAAAUCUGAUAUCGCGUCUCACUUCAGCAACAAAAGGAAGAAGUGUGUUAGGGAUUGUGAGAAAUACAAACCCGGGGUGCUGCUGGGCUUCAACAUGAAAGAGCUGAACAAAGUCAAACACGAGAUGGAUUUUGAUGCUGAAUGGUUGUUUGAAAACCACGACGAGAAGAAUUCCAGAGUCAAUGUCAGUAAGACUGUUGAUAAAAAGAUCAACUUAGAAAAAGACAAUGACAGUUCCUCAGACAGCUACGAAAACCUCGAGGAGGAAUACACCGAGAGCCGCAGUCCCUUCGGCCAGCGCGUCUCUGACAUGGGUGGGAAAGCCUCGUCCAACAGCUCAGUGCAGAACCCCCAGGACAGCAUAGCCAAGGAAAUCAUGGAGGAGAACACCUUACAGGCUCCAGAGAAGGCCGAGCAAAAACCAGAGGAAAGCUCUAAAUACGAAGAGAUGAUUGCUGCUGAAGAGCCAACAAAACUGGUAGGUGACGUUUCAGAUAGUGAAGGGGAUCAGGAUGAGCAGGAUGAUGCAGUGGAAUGGAAGGAUGGAGCUUCCCAGUCUGAGAGCGGGCCUGGCUCCCAGCAGGUGUCGGAUUUUGAAGAUAACGCAUUGGAGGUAAAACCAGAAGUGUGGACAGAUGAAUCUUCCCAAAGCGAAGAUGCUGGGAGCAGUAAACCCACUGCGGAGGCCAAGGGGGGCGGAUCUGAAAGUGAUGAAGAGCAGUCAAAGUGGAAGAAUCGUUCCUAUGGAAAAGUAGAAGGGUUUUGGUCCAAGGACCAGUCGCAAUGGAAGAACAGCUCGGAGCUGGAGGAGAGCCUGGCCAGCGAGCAGAUGGAGUGGCAGAGCAGCACAAUGGACAGCGAGGACGGCGACGGCUUCGGGGCCGUGGGGGCCGAGCCCAUGCACGGCAGCCUGCCCGGGGUGGAGCUCAGCAGCCAGCAGGCGUGAGCAGGGGGGGCACUGCCCCUGGGGUGCACUGCCCCGAGGGUGGCACUGCCCAUGGGGUGGCACUGCUCCAGGGUUGACACUGCCCCGUGGUGGCACUGCCCCAAGGGUGGCACUGCCCCAUAGUGGCACUGCCCCGUAGUGGCACUGCCCCGUAGUGGCACUGCCCCUGGGGUGGCACUGCCCCACAGAUGGCACUGCCCCACGGUGGCACUGCCCCAUGGUGGCACUGCCCCACAGAUGGCAGCACCCCUGUGGUGGCACUGCCCCAUGGUGGCACUGCCCAUGGGGUGGCACUGCCCCGUGGUGGCACUGCCCCGUGGUGGCACUGCCCAUGGUGGCGGCACUGCCCCAGGGGUGGCACUGCCCCAUGGUGGCACUGCCCCACAGAUGGCAGCACCCCUGGGGUGGCACUGCCC